CUGAGCGGCAGCACUGCACCUAAAACACUGUUUGCGAGCGGCUCAUCUACCUUUUAGAUCCAAUCUCUGCCUUUUCUUCGUUAUUCUUCGACUCCACGCAGAUUCCCUUUCUCUCAGCGGUACAUGCAACUCACACCACUCUGAUCACAAGAGCUGGGGACAGCCUGGCUCUCCACACCGCAACAUUGCAGCGAGGUGUUACUACUUUUCUUCCCAUGCGACUCCGUUAUCUCCGGUGCUUUCGCCAGCCUGCCAUUGAAAAGUUUCGGUUGUGAGGAUAAACGAAUAUCUAGGACCUUCAAAGGGAUUGUUUAUAACAACAAGGUGACCUGAGGAGGAUGACCCCACAGUGAGACUGGACCCUUCCGUGAGGACCCACCUUCCCCUGACCUGCGUGUCCAGAGCCUCCUCCCGCACCCCGGACACCCUGCCCCAUUCCUUCUUCUCUCAGCCCCUCCUCUGGGCCCAGGAACCCCCCUCCCCAGGUACCAGGAUGGACUUGCACCGUGCCGCAUUCAAGAUGGAGUCGUCCUCCUACCUGCCCAACCCUCUGGCAUCCCCAGCCCUCAUGGUGCUGGCUUCCACCGCCGAGGCAAGCCGCGACGCCUCCAUCCCCUGCCAGCAGCCCCGCUCCUUCGGCGUGCCCGUCUCCAUGGGCGAGAAGGACAUGCACCUGCCCUUUAACAACGGCUCCUACACCUUCGCCUCCAUGUACCACCGUCAGGGAGCCGUUCCCGGGGGCUUYCCCAACCGGGACUUCCCCUCCUCCCUGCUGCACCUGCAUCACCAGUUCGCCCCCCCAAACCUGGACUGCUCCCCCAUCAGCAUGCUGAACCACAGCGGGGUGGGGGCCUUCCGACCCUUCGCCUCCCCCCCAGAGGACCGCGACGGGGCAGGGGGCUAUCAGUCAGCCUUCACCCCAGCUAAGCGCCUCAAAGGCUGCCUGGAUGCAGACGCCUCUCCCCACCUGCGCUACACGGACGCUGAGGGUAAAGAGUAUGACUUUGGGGCACAGAUCCCCUCCAGGUCCCCAAGCGCCCUCAAAGCAGUUGAGGACGCUGGGAAAAAGAUUUUUGCAGUGUCAGGCUUAUUGUCCGACCGCGAGACGUCAUCAAGUCCAGAAGACCGCAUCGAACGCUGUAAGAGGAAGGUGUCUCUGUAUGACAGCCAGGCCCCCAUCUGUCCUAUCUGCCAGGUGUUGCUGCGUCCAGGAGAGCUGCAGGACCACAUGGAGCAGGAGAUGGAGCGCCUCACCCACAUGCACCUCAGUAAGAACCCAUCACACGGACACAAGGACAGCAGUGUGGCUCCAGGAACUCCUAAGUCCAUGCUGUUGUCGGUGCACAUCAAACGCGAGGGAGAGUCACCGGUGGUCUCCCCUCUUUCCUCUGAAGACGCCCACCACUCCGACAGAUACCAGACAUUUUUAAGAGUGCGAGCAAACAGGCAAACGCGGUUGAAUGUCGAUGACCUCUGCUGGUGCAGGCGCUACGCCAAGGAAAGUGUCAAAAGUGCUCCCCUUGGACUGCACAACGGAGCACCCCUUGCCCCCUGCUGCAUUCGCCACGCACGGAUUGGGAAGAUGAAGCGCCGGAAGCCAGAGGAUGGGCAGGUAUGUCCACUGUGCAGCGCGCCGCUGGCAGGGACAGAGGAGGAGAUGAGUAGGCAUGUGGAACAAUGUCUGUUCAAGAGGGAGGGUGCGUUUGCUGAGGAUGACUCUGCAGACAUGGACGGAGAGAACGGGACCCGCUUCGAGGAGUACGAGUGGUGCGGCCAGAAGAGGGUCAGAGCUACCACCCUGCUGGAAGGAGGCUUCAGAGGAACAGGCUUUGCCAUGUGCAGCACGAAGGAGAACCACGACAGCGACGCCGACCUGGACGUGGAUGGAGACGACACGCUAGAGUACGGCAAGGCCCAGUACACAGAGGCAGACAUCAUUCCCUGCUCCGGAGAGGACCAAGGAGAAGCCAAAGAACGGGAGGCCCUGCGCGGGGCGGUGUUGAAUGGCGGAAUGCCAUCCAACAGAAUAACGCCAGAGUUCUCCAAAUGGGCCAGUGAUGAGAUGCCCUCUACGAGCAACGGGGAGAGCAGCAAGCAGCAGCCGCCUCAGGAGCCCAACGCCGCCUGCUCAUCCUCCAACGUGCCCCGGACCUGUAAAAACAGCGAAAUAGAGAAGAUCACAGAGGGCUCGACAGCCACCACGUUCGAAGCACUAAAGGCUCGUAUCCGGGAGCUGGAGAAACAGAUCCUCCGAGGGGACAGAUAUAAGUGUCUCAUCUGCAUGAGGAAGAGAUUCCAAACAGACAGGGCUGAAGACAAGAAUCUGGGCCAAUGGGGGCGGGCCCUCGCGGUAACAGCGCCAAAUGAGAGGCGGGUUGCUGAGAGCUCAAAGCCCCUCCCCCCGCUGAGCAUUUACUGUUUGUAUAGAGGCUACGUUAUGGGCUGCAGCGGCGGCGGGAUUAAACGGCUGCUCCCGCUCCGGAGGGACUCGUACACGAUGCCCCUCACCUCCAUCCAGUGCUGGCACGUCCACUGUGAGGAAUGCUGGCUCAGGACUCUGGGAAACAAGAAACUGUGCCCACAAUGCAACACCAUCACUUCGCCAGGAGAUCUAAGGCGCGUCUACAUGUGAAGAAGACGGCGCCUGCCCUGACCGGCCUACACCUCCAACCCCUCCUCCCUCCAUUUGUUCCUCUUUAUAUUUCCAUUUGCUCUCUCAGUAUUUGUUUUUGUUGACCUUGCGUGAGCCUGGGUUUGUGAAGCCCCCCUCAGAGCUUCAAAAGAUUACUGAUGUCUUGAAUGACUCUUCAGACCAGGGGAGGACUGACUGAUCAACCAACCAACCAACCAACCAACCAUUUGAACAGAACCUAACCAAGUAGUUCAUUAUGACUGAGUGUUCUCAGAAUGACUAACCAACCACCCCUCACUGGCUCCCUCCACCCUCCCCUCUAGUGGUGGAUGAUCUAUCCAGUCAGAUGCCCUCUAGUGGUGGGUGGUCUAGUCCAGUCAGAUACCCUGCCCUCUAGUGGUGGGUGGUCUAGUCCAGUCACAUACCCUCCACCCUGCCCUCUAGUGGUGGGUGGUCCAGUCACAUACCCUGCCCUCUAGUGGUGGGUGGUCUAGUCCAGUCACAUACCCUCCACCCUGCCCUCUAGUGGUGGGUGGUCUAGUCCAGUCACAUACCCUCCACCUUGGCUGACACUUCUGGUUCUGUGUUUUUUGAUACUGUAGCUCCCAGACGACCCAGCUCUACACUGCUGUGUUACUCACUGAGCCCCCCUCCUUUCGCCUCACCAUCAUCCCUGCGGAGAGGUGUGUUCAGGUGGGAGGAGGUGGUGGUGUAACUCCCUCUGUGUGGAAAACCCCUCUUGGUUCAAGCCAUCGGGACAGCCAAGCUAGAUAUUAAGCUGACCACCGGUAGUCGCACCCUGCUUGAAGACUUGGUAAGGGGGAAAGGAAAACAAUCAACUCUUUCAGCGUUCAACCAAACUGACAACCUCAGAACAUCCAGGGGAUCCUCUUCUUCUUUUCAACCUCCUUUUCCCUUCAGUUGUGGUGUUAUAGUGAAGUCAACCAAAUCCCAAGAAUCAGUGCAAGCACAUGUAUAAUAGUCUGUGUAUGUUUACAGUGUUGUGUGUAAAUGACAUAGAGGUUACACUUGUAUACAUAUGUACGCACACAUACACACGCACACAUACACACACAAAGUAUAUAUUAUUAAAGUCCAGUUUUUAUUUUGAGUUUUGGUGAGGGGGGGAAAGGAAUGAUGUUUAAAAAAUGGACAAAAAGAAAGCCCUCUGUAUUUUUAAAACAAUGUUGUCGUCUUGAGGUUGAAGUUCUAUUUCAUUGUACAGGAAUACAUUUAAAGUAAUAAUAAUAAACUACUCAAUUAGAAAUUCAAGGUUUAGAUGGUGUACAUUUUUCAUUAAACUAUACAGUAACAUCUGUAGAAGAUUUAAACCUAAAACAAGAAGAUAAUGUUUAUUUUGAUUUAGUUUUUUGAAUGGAAUGUAAAGAUUCAAAUGGCUCUAACCCUAGAAUAGGAGAGAUGAUGGCUUUGAAUUGUUACAGAACUUCAACGCUGUUUUCAAAAUCACAACCUGGAACGCAGUUGUUAACCUCCACCUCCCACCACCUCAGUUCCUGAUCAUAUCACUUUACUAAUCACUUUGGUUUUCUGUUUUGUUCUCUGCUCUGAUAAAGCCUCAUAAAACGCUUCUCCAGAAAUGUUUGAGUGUUCCUUCCAUUGUGCUACCCAGCAUAGGCUCCAACCUGGCAACUCGUAAAGGCAGGUCCUUCCCAUCUGUAAGGGAAAGAGGAGUGGGCCGCCAUGUUGGGUUGGCCAACUGAUUGCCCAAGACCAGUGACUGAACACUACCCCACAGCAAGGUGGUGUGCUUUGUAUUUGUAAAACUAUGUAUCCUGUGAUGUCUGUAUUGAUGUAUGCUGACAAAAAAUAAAGAAAUGAAAGGUUUAUGACUGAAUUCAAACCCCAA